GCGAGUCGAUGCCAGAGCGCAUCGAUAAGUUCCCAGCGUGUUGCAGCGUCAUUCUAUUUGAAUGAAGUUCUCACAGUCCUCAACUAGCGGCCAAGUCAACUCAUUCGCGCCGCGGCCGACUGAAAACGGGACGAAAAGCCACUGCGCGGGACCCAGCAGCUUGCCAAUUAUGCCGGUCUUUUCAGUCAAUGUGAAAUGGGGCAAAGAGAAGUUUGAUGCUGUGGAGCUGAACACCGAAGAGCCUCCCAUGGUGUUCAAGGCUCAACUCUUUGCCUUGACGGGAGUGCAGCCCGACAGACAGAAGGUGAUGGUGAAGGGCGGCACCCUCAAGGACGACGAGUGGGGGAAUCUAAAACUGAAAAAUGGAAUGACACUGUUGAUGAUGGGAUCAGCGGAGGCUCUGCCCGAGGAGCCGGCUGUCCGGCCCAUGUUUGUAGAAGACAUGACUGAUGAGCAGCUGGCCUCAGCAAUGGACGUUCCGUGCGGCCUCAACAACCUGGGCAACACCUGCUACAUGAACGCCACCGUGCAGUGUCUGCGCUCCGUGCCCGAGCUCAAAACGGCGCUCAGAAAGUAUUCGGGCGCGCUGCGAUCUUCGGGGCCCAACGCGUCAUCGCAGUACAUCACGGCAGCCCUGCGUGACUUGUACGAGACCAUGGACAAGACCUCGUCCAGCUUGCCCCCCAUCAUCCUGCUGCAGUUCCUCCACAUGGCCUUCCCGCAGUUCGCCGAAAAGGGGGAUCAGGGCCAGUACCUCCAGCAGGACGCUAACGAAUGCUGGCUGCAAAUGAUGAGAGUUCUUCAGCAGAAGCUGGAGCCGCUGGAACCGGAGACUCCCAUGGAGACCGACACCGACGGCGGAGCUGCUCCCGCAUCCCCAAAGAAGAACUUCAUUGACCAGUAUUUUGGCGUCGAGUUCGAAACUACCAUGAAAUGCACAGAGUCCGAGGACGAGGAGCCGGUCAAAGGCAAAGAAAGUCAGCUCCAGCUCAGCUGCUUCAUCAAUCAGGAGGUCAAGUACUUGGCCACGGGACUCAGGCUGAGACUUCAGGAAGAAAUCACCAAAAUGUCAACAAGUUUGGAUAGAAACGCUCUCUACAUCAAAUCUUCGAAGCUGAGUCGCCUCCCAGCCUACCUGACGGUGCAGAUGGUUCGCUUCUAUUAUAAGGAGAAAGAGUCUGUGAAUGCCAAAGUGCUGAAGGACGUCAAGUUCCCCCUGAUGCUGGACGUGUACGAGCUGUGCACGGCCGAGCUGCAGGAGAGGAUGCUGGCCACCAGGUCAAAGUUCAAGGAGGUGGACGACAAGAAGCUGGAGAAGCAGCAGCAGCAGCAGAAGCCCAAACAGGUGACAAAGAAGGAGGACUCGGCCAAGGAAGCGAAAUACGAUCCUUUUUCCUUCCCUGAUGACGUGGGCUCCAACAACAGCGGCUACUACGACCUGCAGGCGGUGCUGACGCACCAAGGCCGCUCCAGCUCGUCGGGUCACUACGUGGGCUGGGUCAAGAGGAAAGAAGAUGAGUGGGUGAAGUUCGACGACGACAAGGUGAGCGUGGUGUCGCCCGAGGACAUCCUGCGGCUGUCGGGCGGCGGCGACUGGCACAUCGCGUACGUUCUACUCUACGGCCCCCGUAGGUUGGAGGUGCUCGAAGAAAAGGAGGAACAGUAGCCCCCCGCCCUACCCCGUGUGGAAUGGAGGACGCCUUCUCCCGAAUUUGCCAUUUACCCCCCCCCCCACCCUGAAAAAAUGAAAAACACACUGUCUGCAUAAGCUGUGCAAUAAAACAGGUGUCGUUACUUAUUGGAUCACCUCCAAAUUCUUUUUUUUUUUUUUUGCCCCCCCUUGUCAGGUGUUUAAAUUUCAAACCGUUGUGAUCUUAAAAGAAAGCGAAAUAUGGACUGGAUCUGAUUACGAGGCUGCUAUGUCUUUUUUUUAAUUUUCAUUUAAAAGGUGCUUUUAAGCGACUGUUUUCACUUGCUUGGCUCACUUUCAUCUUGUGUUCCACAGCAGGGGUGGGCAACCUUCACCCCCCCCCCCC